CGGCCGCCGGCUCCGACGAAGCGAAGCGAGGGCGGAGGGGAGGGGCAGGCGGCGCCCGGGAGGGAGGCACCGGGCCGCAGGCCAAGCCGACCGGGGUCACAGUCUGGGUUUGCAGCAAAAAUGCUUUCAGAACAGACAGCAGCACUGGGGACAGGAUGGGAGUCAAUGAAUGUCCAGCUGGACAGAGCAGAGCCCCAGGUGGAAAGGGGAAGCCAGGAAGAGGGGCCAUGGAGAGCAGCACCAGGGUCACUGGAGCAUCUGUGCUGUGACCUUGAAGAGGAGCCACAGUCCCUUCAGGAGAAGGCUCAGUCGGCUCCCUGGGUUCCUGCCAUUCCCCAGGAAGGGAGCACUGGAGACUGGGAGAUGGCAGCUGCACUUCUUGCAGCUGGAUCACAGGGCCUGGUAACCAUCAAGGAUGUUUCACUGUGCUUCUCUCAGGAGGAGUGGCGGAGCCUGGACCCUUCUCAGACAGACUUUUAUGGAGAAUACGUCAUGCAGGAAAACUGUGGGAUAGUGGUCUCUCUAAGAUUUCCAAUUCCCAAACUGGAUAUGCUCUCUCAGCUAGAAGGAGGGGAAGAACAAUGGGUUCCUGACCCCCAGGACUUAGAAGAGAGGGACAUUCUGAAGGUCACAUAUACAGGAGAUGGAAGCGAGCACGAAGGGGAUACCCCUGAACUAGAAGCAGAACCUCCCAGAAUGUUAUCUAGUGUGUCUGAAGAUACCAUUCUCUGGAAUCCAGAGCAGGAUGAGAGCUGGGAUUCCAUGCCCAGGAGCUCCAGAGGCAUGCUCCUUGGCCCACCUUUUCUUCAGGAAGAUAGUUUCUCAAAUCUUCUGUGUAGCACAGAAAUGGAUUCCCUGUUAAGACCGCACACAUGCCCCCAGUGUGGGAAACAGUUUGUGUGGGGCUCCCACCUUGCCAGGCACCAGCAAACACACACUGGGGAGAGGCCCUACAGCUGCCUCAAGUGUGACAAGAGCUUUGGGAGAAGACAUCACCUGAUCCGACACCAGAAAACCCACCUACACGACAAGCCCAGCAGGUGCUCUGAGUGUGGCAAGAAUUUCCGAUGCAACUCCCAUCUGGCCAGCCACCAGAGAGUGCAUGCAGAAGGCAAAUCCUGCAAGGGGCAAGAGGCUGGAGAAAGCCCUGGGGCCAGGAAGCGGCAGCGCGCUACACCAGUACCAAAGUGCCACGUGUGCACUGAGUGUGGGAAGAGCUUUGGCCGAAGGCACCACCUGGUGAGACACUGGCUCACACACACCGGGGAGAAGCCCUUCCAGUGCCCGCGCUGUGAGAAGAGCUUCGGCCGUAAACAUCACCUGGACAGGCAUCUGCUGACCCACCAGGGACAAAGUCCCCGGAGCAGCUGGGACAGAGGGACAUCUGUCUUUUGAAAUCUAUUUCUGCUGCAGCUGUGGUCAAAUCUGUCAACCGGUGCUACCAGGAGUCUCUGCCAGAUCUGCCCCUCUCCUGCACCUCAGUGGACAGAAUCAUGAGUUCUGGUCCCAUUCCUAGAAAGAUGAGGUUCCAGCAUUGGCCAGAGUAUUUUCUCACCAGUUCUGUGAGAUGUCACAUAAAGCAGAGUUCUUUGGGCAAAACUUUUGGGAAACAAUGCUUACUGCAUGGGCUGAUAUUCAGCCUGAGCCUGUUCUCCAGCAUGUAGGCCCAAACUGAUUGGAUUGGUUGGAUGGAGCCUAUACCAUACCAGUUGUUAAGUAUUUUGAGUAUCACCCUUCUACAGUUAUAUAUAUAUAUAGAGAGAGAGAGAGAGAGGGAAAGAAAGAUAUACCAUGUUAGCAUAUUAAGGCUCUGAAAAUGUAUGCAGUAGAGCAAAUGGUUAAGCCUCCUUUAAUGCUGUUUCCCAAAUUAUUUGACCUCAGUAUCCUUUUUAUUUCACAUCCCACAGAACUGGUGACUCCAUGAAACACACUUGUGAACACUGGGUUAGAGCAUAAGGAGGAAACAGGAAAGAGAUAGUGAUCAGGCACCCAGAGCCCCCUUUCUUAUCCAAAUGAAAGCUGAGGGGCAGACCUCAUUCCUGUGUGGGCCCAUCACCCUUACCCAGAUCAUCUCAGUAUACAUCCACACCUCUCACCCCACCUGCUGAAAAACAAACAAUAACCUUCUCACCCCCAUUCCUGCUCCCUUCACCGUGCAUAUACAUAUAUCCAGCUGAAAGAUCACACAACAGUGCUAAGAGAUGGACCUUAUACCCCCAAGUAACCCAGGCCCACACAGAAGAAAAAUACUUUGUCCCCUUGAACAGACCCCUCUCCUCUUGACAGUGUCUUUAUGUGUCUGUGUAUCUGUGUGCAGGGUCUUUGAAGAGAGCAUGCAAAGUGCAAACUGUAUAAGCUAGAUGUUCUAGGGGCUGUGUUCUGUGGAUGAGGGUAGUGGGGAUUGUAUGGGGGUUUUUUGUUUGUUUUGUUUCAAGAUAGUAAGAAAGCUGAGUGAUGAAGGGAGCCCUAGUGGAAAGGGCUAAGUUGUGGGAGUUGAGGUAUAAAGCCUUCCCCAGUAUCACUGAGAUCAAGACAAUUGUCGAUAUAUAUGUAUGUCUAGAUUUGAAUCUCUGAGCCACAGAUUCUUUUUGCCUAAGUGGAGAAAGAAGCAGACAUCCUCAGUGAGCUAAGCUGUUGCUUGUUGAUUUCAGGCAAGGUACAUAUAGGAGCUUUGUGCUGAGUGAGUUUUUUGGUCUUGUUUCAAGUGCUGGGAAAUCACGGCAGGAGUCACAGUGUUUGCAGGUUGUCGUCAUCACCCUUGUUUGACCUUGAUUGCCUCAUCAAGGGGGCAGAGUUAUUCUUGUGGAUCUCAUUCCCCUAAACAGAACUUUAGGGGAAAUGGCUGUGGCUUAGCUACUCGGCUGAUGCAGGAUAAUGAGUUUUUGGUUGGUUUUCCUCCCAAUUCUGGGAAGGUGUCUGCACUAAGACUCCAGAACUUGCAUAAGUAUUCUAGCAUCCAUUAGUUGAUGAGUUGGUCAUUGUUUCUCUUUAUUGGUGAUGUGUUAAUACCAAUCGUAUCAUUUAAAAAUUACCUUAUAUGUAAGAUCAGUUUGGGGGGAGGGAGGGAGAAAAGCAAAGAAGAUGGAAGUGGGAUAUUUUCUCUUUAAUGCUUAGAUUCUGGUUUUUCCUUAACAUACUUAUUUCUUAACCACAGUUGGUGGAAUUAACGAGAGAGGCAAGAGGAAGUGAGCUACAGCAAUCUAGUUUAAUGACUGUUCCAUUUGCUUGGGGAAAACUGGGUGAAUCAUAGCUCCUCAGAGUCCUGGGUCCAAAUGGAGCCAAAAAUAGGGUCAUUUUGCUGACCGGGCUUAGAGUGUAUAUGACUUGAGCAACUCAGCCCCCAGCUCCCUUCUGCUCAGAACAGCCUUCCCUCUUUGCCUAGAAUGCACCUCUCUUGCUUAUUUUCCUAUGAAUAGAGUAAAACAGCCAGCCUUUUGUAAGGCAUCCUUGUCCCAGGUCCUCAGAGACAGAAGCAUUUUAGGAGCAGUAUUAGGAGAUGCCCCAGGGCAUAGGAAAAUAUUGGCUUCCAUUAGUAAAACUGGACUAUAACAUUUCUUUUACCCUCCCACUAUGCCUCAUUCAUUAAUACAAUCAGCUCUAUGUGAGCAAUGGUUCAGAGCCUGUUUUGGAUCACAAACCCUUUUGAGAAUCUGAUUAAAAACGAAACUGACUUUUGAGAAAAAAAGUCAUUAGCAAUUCACUCAGUUUUGCAUAUACAUUUAGCAGGUUCAGAGCCCAUCCAUGGAAUCACUAAAUGGGAGUCAAAGAAGGGGUGUUACCUUGACCCAAUAUGGUCAUUAUACAUUUGUGUCAAGAAUUACAAGGCCAGGAUCACUAAACAUUUUAAGGACUAAUAUACCAGAGGCAGUCGGAUAUAAGAAGAGAGUCUAGUCUUUAAUGACUUGAAGGGUAUUGCUUACAUUCUACUCUACGUUUUUUAAAAAAAUGUAUAUGACAUGCUGACAAAUCCAGCUCCUCACUAACCGUGUUUUAAAGACUUGUAUGAGGUGACUCUCCAUACCAUCAGAUCAGACUUCUUAAUAACCAGAUGUUAACCUCCAGCCUCUGAUCUGUUUUAGUAAUUGUAAGGAGAGAAAGUGAAGCCCCCAAUGGAAAGGCAUCAUGGAGUCUAAGGGCCUUCUGCAGAAGGGGCAUCCUUUUAGGUCAUUUCUACUGUACCACUGUCUUCUCUACCUCCGUCCAAUACCACUUCCCUUGGACGAAAAAUAAAAUAAGCAACAGCCAUCAGCUGGGUGAAGAGAUCUGAGUGAUUUUUCCCACAGGGAAAACUCCCAUCUUCCUCCCAACUCCCUCGGCCACGUCUACCCUAUCCUAUCCCCUUUAAAUAAAAAAAAUGUCUCUCUGGGCAAAAUGUAAAAUAGGGAAGUCCAUCUUUAGGAAUCUGUCACCUUUUUUCCUCUGUGUGGUGCCUCUACCCUAUUCAGAGCGCAAGUAUCCUUGCCUUUCCACCCCAUCUGAGUAUCUCUGCAAAGAAUCCCUUACAAUGGAGAUUAUAACCAAAGGGUUAGCUUUCCCAGAGCUAUCUGCAUUUUCAGCUGCAGCUCUGAUAGUGGAAGUGGAAGAAGGAAAAGCUUUUCCCUUGUUAAAGUGAUGUUAUGCCUUCAGGGAGCAAACGGGUGAUAAUUUGGGACAAAAAUCUUUCCCUUUCCAGCACUCCUACAAUCAAACCACUGUUUCCUGUUUCCAUCAAGGGCAAGGUGAGCCCUGACUCAGAACCAGAGGUUCCAGAAGACAGGUUCUUUCCAUCUCUAUUCAGUUGAGUGCACUGGAUGGGGGUGAGUGGGGCUGGGCAACAACGGAAAAGUGAAAUCUCUUCCCUUAGACCCCCUAAAGAUCCCAAGAUGGCAAAAUUUACUUCUCUUCCUUGGAAUACUGUACUAGGCCACGGGUCUCAAAAUGCAGUCUUUGGACCAGCAGCAUCAACAUCACCCAGAACUUGUCUCAGAAAUGCAAAUUCUCACCCCACACAAACUGAAUCAGAAACUUUGGGGAUGAAACCCAGCAAUCAGUCUUUUAACAUGCCCUCCAGGAUAUCUGAUGUAGGCUCAAGUGUGAGAACCACUGGCUAGGAGAUUCAAAUUCCAUUUUAAUCAGUGGUUCCUCACCCUCUUCCAACAGAGAUGGAAUCUCUGAUUUAUCUUCUAUUCUCAGAUUUAUCUUCUGCAAACUCCUAGGCUAGUUGGUCCUAGAUUCAGUUCCUCUUGAGUCCCAAGGUAUUCCCUCACCCUUAAGUCAGUGAAAGCACUCAGUUAGUCACCAAUUUCAGAAACUAUGGCAGGAUAACUGCCAAGCUGUUGUAAUUGGUUGGAGCUGGAGCUUCUAAAAUGGGUACUGAGGUUUCAUGGGUCUAGAAAUCUGAAAAGACAAAAAGGAACAGACAGCUCAAAGAAGGUAAAUCCAACGGAAAAUGGAAAAAUGGACAUCCAAAGAAAUGGUCCUUCUUUGUUAGUUAUCUGGCCCCUUUUCAGGCCUAAUAAGUUGCCUUGGAGGCAGGCAGGGUGGGCAUUCAGCACAGCAGUAGAGAGUAAGGCCACCUGUCCCAAGCCCUUAAGGACCCAAGUAUUCUUACCUUACAGUUGCAUUGGAGACCAAUAAGGUGCAACAGAUUUCUAACCAUGAUUUGGCCAACCCUGUGGGAAAGGGCAGCAGUAUUAGAGAGCCCCCAGGACAUAAGAGGAAACCAGGCUCAUUUAGUAAGAUUUGAACCCAGACUCUGUUUACUAGGUAGAGGUUGUAACCAAUUAAGCCAUGGUGUCUAUGUCAAAAAUGAAUUCUCCUGCUUUGAAGAUUCUGUCCAGUUCAGGCUACAGGAAAGGAUCUGUCAUGCAGACCUCCUGCACCACCUCUCCUACAUACCCAUUAGGACAGCUGUAAACCUGCCACCUCUGUGGGACUCUGCAAGGUCAAAAGGUUAACAUGAACCCAGGACUCUUUGGGGGAGGUGAUCAGCCCCUCUCUCCUAAGGCAGAGAAGCUUGGCUACAGCUUUCUUCAACUCCAGGCCUCAGGCUCUCCUCUCCUUUCCUGUCACUGCCUCCAUUUGCCCAAUAAGCAGAGCUCUUCCUCCACUCCUCAUUCGCACUUCUCUUUUUCAGUUGGUCUGGUUUGGUUUCUGUUUUGUUUUGCCUGGGGAAUGCCACAACUUUCCAAUGGUAUUUGUUCUCCCUAAUUUCUAUCCUUCUUCCAUUGUAAGUUUCUCUCUUCAAGUUUCUAGCCAGUUCCAUUCCAUCAUGAGCCUACUUGCUACCUGUCCCUCUG